AUGGCACCCAUAAUAGUCCCAACCCAAGAGGAGCUUGAUCGCCGGAAGGUCGUGGGCAUCAACGCAGAAACCGUCACCAACGUGACCUCGACCGAUUUUCCCGGCCACUACCCAGGCGAGGACCACUCCUGGGACGUCGACGUCUUCCGCUCGCAGUUCAAGGUCGUCUUCCACUCCAACGGCCAGCAUGAUGCCUCCUUCUCGCUCAUCGGCCUCGACGCCUCCAUCGCCAACGCGUUCCGGCGCAUCAUGAUCGCCGAGGUGCCUACCCUCGCCAUUGAAGAUGUGUGGGUUGAAAACAACACGUCCGUCAUCCAGGAUGAGGUCUUGUGCCACCGCCUCGGCCUCAUUCCUUUCAAAGGCAGCAAGACCGGCAUACACGAGUGGAUGAAGUGGUACAAGAAACCUGAUCCAGACGAAGAGCCAUUUGCUAAUAGCAUGGACUACAACACCGUCAAGCUCGAGCUCAACGUCGAGUGCACGCGCAACCCCGAUGCAGCGCCAGGCGAGAAGGACCCCAAGAAGCUAUUCAACCAUGCCCACGUCUACGCCAGCGAUCUCCAAUUCGUCCCCGUCGGCCGGCAGGAGGAGUUUUUCUCAGGUACCGAGGUGAUCGAGCCCGUGCAUCCCGACAUCCUCAUCGCCAAGCUGCGGCCCGGUCAGGCCAUCUCCCUGAUGGCGCACAUGCACAAGGGCGUCGGCGCCGACCAUGCCAAGUUCUCGCCCGUCGCUACAGCAUCCUACCGCCUGCUGCCAAUCAUCAACAUCACCAAGCCCAUCUACGGUGCGGACGCCGAGAAGUUCCAGAAGUGUUUCGCCGAGGGCGUGAUCGGCCUGGACAAGAUUACCAAGAGCGAUGCGCGGGAACACAAGGAGCUCAAGGGUCAUGAGGGCGAGAUGAAGGCAGUGGUAAAGGAUCCCAUGAAGGACACGGUGAGCAGGGAAUGUUUGCGACACCCAGAGUUUGUGGACAAGGUCAAGCUGGGACGGCAGAGAGAUCAUUUCAUCUUUCAGAUCGAGUCGACCGGCCAGUGGGACUCAGAUGAGUUGUUUAUGGAGACCGUCAAGCUACUCAAGACCAAGUGUGAGCGGUUUGAGAAGCAGCUCACGUACAUGGCACGAUAG